GCAAAAUCAUAACUUAGUCAAGUAUCACUAAAUCAAAAACUUCAAAAUGCGUUUCUUUGUGAUUUUCUUCAUCGCUUGUGUCAGUGUGGCUUUAGCUCGCCCAGAAGAACAGUACACCAUCAAAUACGACAAUGUCAACUUGAAAGAAAUCCUCCAAAGUGAUCGUCUCACCGAAAAUUACGUAAACUGUCUUUUGGAUAAGAAACCCUGCACUCCCGAUGGUGAAGAAUUAAAACGUGUUCUUCCUGAUGCUUUGAAAACUAGCUGCUCUAAAUGUACUGAUAAGCAAAAACAAGGAGCCAGAACGGUCAUCCAACAUUUGUACAAGAACAAACAGGACUGGUGGAAACAAUUGGAAGCCAAAUACGAUCCUGAACAUACCUACGUCAAAGCACAUGAAGAUGAGUUGAAGGCUUUGUAGAUGUGUUGUUACUUGUUAAUAAGUACUUUUUAUUAAAUAAAAAAUCGUUGAAAAA